ACGCUUUGGCGCCCCGUCGCACCUACAACCGUCGCUCGUUCCGCCUACCCGGCAGUUUCGAGUCCGCCGGCCGCCGACGCCUUUGCCAUCUCCGGCCCAAAACUCCAUCAUGCCGACAGUCCAUGUUUCUGGUCCGCAGUUCUCCGACUCCGAACCCGAGCCAUGCGGUGCCCACCGGCGCAACCGCCGAGGGCGCCACCGGUCUUCUGGCUAUGCCCACUGCGUUAGAGCUUCCGCGCCCGCUGCUACCGCGAAGAGAGAAUGCGCUGCUGAGUUGACCAAUGCUACUGGACGACAACACACCCGAUCUUGCCGUCCCCGGUCUCCGGCGGUGGCUGCAUUCGUCUGGCCGAUGCUGGUGCUGACCGCGUUGCUGCGGCCCGUUGCAGCUGCUGCCGUGUCCUUCGAAAACUGCCUGUCUGAGUCCUACAUCAACAACGACCCGACGCCGCUGCAAUGGGUGCCCCAGUGGGUUGAUGCCGUGUUUGACGCGACAGAUCCCAAGCACACGCUCCGUGUGACCAUGUGGGGGAAUGUGACGGGCUCUUUCACCAACGUUACGCUGCCGCCGGCGGGGAGUCCGGACUGGAAGGACCCAAGCAAGACCGACGGGAAGAUCAUGGAUGAACCAGAGCCAAACGUGCCCAACCCGAAGCUUACGACGCUCUAUAGCAAGAUUGAGGUGCUCAACUACCAGCCUUGGAGCCAGAAUACAAACUUUUGCAACACAUCGCUCGUGAAUGGCUCGUGCCCCCUUGCGCCAGUCUUCGUGGAGGCCAACUCAAGCCUGCUUCCGUACAUACUGCCGUCCGUGUCCAUGAGCCAUGACUUCUAUUCCUCCUACGCCUUUACGUCAUUCACGGCCACCUUCAUCAUCAUUUACGGGGACACCAGAGGCACCAACAUAGGCUGCGUCUCAACCUCGGUGACGCCAGAUUUGGGUGACCUAGCUUGGACGCUGAGAUAUCUGCCGCUGCUCGUGCUGAUUUUCGUGGGCGCCGCCACUGUCUUCGCCGCCAUUUACAGCCCGUGGGGCGCCGCUGACAUCUUCCAUUGGAGCUCCAACUAUGGCCGGGAUCCUGACCUUCUUCGCCUCGUCACCCCCGGCUUUGGAGACUGUCUGCAGUACAUACAAUUUGUCGUUCUCACCGGCGGUCUAACGCUCAGCUACCCGGGAUUCUAUCAGCCCAUCGUCAGCCAGGGGUCAUGGGCAACCCUCAUGUUCAACCAGAGCUUCGUGAGCGACGAACCGGGAUGGAUCAGCGUGCGCGAUGGCAUCUACGUGACCGACGGUCCUUACGGUCUACAAACACUCGCCCAGCUGGCCGGGAUGGGCAACGUCGACGACAUCUGGGCCGGCAUGAUGGUCUGGCUUCUGGCCAUCAUCGCUGGCAUGAUUGUGCUCGUUCAGGCCGGGUUCCUGGCCCAAUGGCUGUACCGCUUUGUGAAGAAGAUACCAGAGGAAGACCUCCGGUCCAAGAACUUCCCCUUCACGAUUGGAAAUGUCAUCAGGAUAGUUUUCAACUAUUUCCUGCUCCCGAUCGUAGCCCUGUCGACCUUCCAGCUGGUUGUGGCCAGCGGCUCACCGGCCUACACGGUCGUAUUGGCGGUUCUCACGUUGGUCAUCAUCAUCGUUUUCGCCGGUUGGCUGCUUUACCUCAUCGCGACUACGAAGCCGAGGGCGUUUCUGUUCGACGAUCUGCCAACACUCCUCUACUAUGGCCCGCUUUACAAUACCUACUCUGACGAGGCUGCCGCGUUCACGCUAAUUCCGGUGCUCCUCACUUUUGUUCGCGGGAUCGCCAUUGGCGCCGUCCAGCCUGCUGGGAUAGCCCAGGUUGUCCUGCUCGCUAUCUGUGAGGUGAUACAGAUCCUGACGCUUCAUGCCUUUCGGCCAUUCCACUCUCCCACCUCCAUGAACGCCUACCACACGCUCUUUUCAGGCAUCCGCCUCGUCACGGUCCUCCUAAUGGUGGCCUUCAUCCCAUCCCUGGGAGUGACGGACGGCCCUAAAGGCUGGAUCGGCUAUGCCAUCCUUGUCACACACGCCGCUGUGCUCGUCCUUGGCUUCCUCCUCAAUGCCGUGCAGACGUUUGUUGAGGUCGUUGCCCGUAUGCUCGGCGCUGGCGGGGACGAUGUCCGAGGGCAGUCCAGGGGUGGUCUGUCCAAGAUCUUUGGGAUGCGGCAGUUGUCGCGACGCAUGUCGCGGCGGGAGAACGGGCCGUCCAGGCACAGCCAGCUGUCUACCUCGGCAAUGCUGGAUGCUGAUGAGGUCUCUAGAACUGGGUACAUCAUGCCGGGCGGCCGUCUUCGGAGCGAAUCAGGUGGGAGCAUUGGGAUGCUCAUGCACCGCCGCCAGAGGAGCUCGUCUGUUCUAGACAGCUUGAGCCUUGACAUGCCACCGCGCAACCUCGACAGCGGUGCGAGCUCCUUCACACCAACCACCCCCGGCGACGCCAGCACGCUCUCCUACCUGCCCUCUCCCAAACAAGCCAUGCGCCACCCGGGCGGCUUUGGUUUGCAGACGCCAGAUCCUUACUAUCGCCCGCCGAGACAGCGCCGGUCAACCAUGGAUACCUCAUCAUCACCCACCUCUAGGACGGCUGGGCCAUGGCGGACCGGAGAGGGCACGCAAAAGCGCCACAGCAUGGCCGGAACCGGUACCGUCGGCGACCCUGCGGAUCUUGGCACCCAGAUAUCGAGGGACGGCACGCCCGCUCCCUAUGUCGUUGUUCCUUUCGCCCCACAAGCCGACUACUCAACCCGCGAGGUUGAUUUCUACUACAGAGUUCGAGGCGAGAGGCUAAAGUCGGGUGCACCCAACCGUAAGCUUGGAACUGGACCUGCCGACCCAACGUCGCCUAUGGCCUCCGCCGCUGGCUGGUUCCGGAGCAUGUUCGGUAAGAAAGGGAAGGACAAGGGGAAAGGGUUCGAGGUUGUCAGAAGUUCGCGGAUGCCGCCUGCAAUGCGCACUAGGGGCGUUGAUUUCGAGGACGAAGCUCCUCCUCAAGGAAUACCGGUGGCGAUGGGUGUGCUGCGUAACGGGCCUAUUGAGUCGGACGACGAGGAUGAGGAACGGCAGAAGAAGCAGAAGAAGAAGGGCACCCGUCCAGCCAACGUGACAUCGCCAGAGCGGGAGCCCCUCAACAGUAAGAGGAGCUCCAUCGACGAUGAUAUGGACGAAGUCGGCGCCACAAACACGCCGCAAGUCGGGACGCUAUUGGCGGACGUAAGCUCCGAAAAAGAAGCUAAAGAUACGAUACAAGAAGCCUCACAGUCUGGCUUGGACAGCGACCUGCCAGUUCCGGAGGUCCCACGGAAGAGUUCCAAACGAAUUUCCUGGAAUGGCUCCCAAAAUCGCGAUUCACCACCACAGCAACCGCAGCAAUCGCAGCAACCGCAGUCGGGCCGCCCAUCGACCCUUGCACCCUCUUUGGCCAGAUUGCCAUUUGAGCGCACUCCGUCACAGGAACGGCUAUCGAACUCGUCAGCAGGGCUCACAGACGACUUCAUCCAGGUCGAUCUACAAGACGGCCAUGGUGACAGCGAGCCCGGCUAUGGGUUUGUCAACCAAGGUAACAUCAACAGAGUUGAUCGUGACGUGGACCUACUCGGCAGUUCUGCUGAGGUGGUUAACGAGAGACGUUAAGACGGCUCGAUACCUCAUUCGACUAUCACCGUCGAUCACCCCCCGAUCGCAUGAUCCCCUAUACCGAUUCCAACGCCCACUUUCAGGCGGUACGGUAUGGGUGGAUGAUCCGCUCUAUUUUCUUUUCCGUUCACUCUUGUCUAGCUCCUACGCUUAAUGGGAA